UUUUCAUUACAUAAACUUCUACAAUCUUGAAAAAAGUAGUAUUUUAUAAUGGACUCCUCUAAGUUGUCUGCUCUUCUUUUCAUAUGCAUGUUUUUAUGUUCUUCUAUUAGUCCUAUAUUGGGCUGUGGUGAAUGUGGUCAGCCCACUCAUAAGCCCAAGAAAGGAACUGGCAAACCCAUUUCACACCCACCAGUCACAGUCCCAAAACUUCCCGUCCCUCCGGUAACCGUUCCAAAACUCCCCGUUCCUCCAGUCACCGUCCCUAAGCUUCCCGUACCUCCCGUCACUGUUCCCAAGCUCCCUGUCCCUCCAGUUACCGGCAUUGUACCUCCGGUCACCGGUAUUAUACCUCCGGUCACCGGUAUUGUACCUCCGGUAACCGGUGUUGUGCCAAAACUCCCCGUCCCUCCUGUCACCGGGGUUGUACCUCCGGUUGCCGGUGUUGUCCCGAAACUCCCGGUCCCUCCAGUUACCGGCCUUAUCCCGCCAGUUUUGAACCCACCGUCUACCCCAAGUGGUAAGCCUUGCGCACCAGGCACCCCAGCCCCAAAGUCGAAAGACAAAUGCCCAAUUAAUGUGUUGAAGUUGGGAGCCUGUGUGGACCUUCUUGGUGGGUUGGUCCAUGUUGGGCUUGGUGACCCUGCUGUUAACAAAUGCUGCCCAAUCUUGAAAGGCAUUGCUGAAGCUGAAGCAGCAAUUUGCUUGUGUACUGCACUCAAAUCCAAAGUCUUGGACCUCAAUGUUUAUGUUCCAAUUGCUCUUCAACUUCUCCUCACUUGUGGCAAGACCCCACCUCCUGGAUUCACUUGCUCUCUUUAGAAUGGUUGAUAGAAGAUGAAGGAUUGAAUGAAUGGAUGACAUUGACACGAGAGGAUGUUUAGCUUCCAAUCUUUUUCUCUCUCCUCCAUUAACUUGCUCUUUUGGAUUUUAUUAAUUAAAUUCUUGUUAAUUGCUAUUAUUAUUUAAGAUUGUAGUUGGGUUUAAAUUGAACACAGUACAAACUUAUUUGUAAUGACUCAUAAUUUAUGAGUUCAAACAUUGCUAUAUUCAGCUCGAUUGUGUACGUCUUAUUAUUAUUAUUAUUAUUAUUAUUAUUAUUAUUAUUAUUAUUA